AACCUUGAAUUGACAGUUCUUUGAAUCUUAUUCUCUUCUUUCUUGUUUUACACAUAAAGGUUAUAUAUGUUUCUAUUUUAGCGUUAGGUAUUUUUACUUGUCAACACGUGUUUUGAGAUACACAACAAAUUAGUGAUUUUUAAUUAGAAAUACAGUAGAAAUGUCUGUUAUACAACGUGUGGUUAAACCAACUACACGGAAAGGCAAGAAAGUGUUGUUAAAGAAAGAACCGCAACUUAUCGAAGGACCUAAAAGAGCUCUAUUUUUCCAAGGAAGGAAGUGCUCAGAGAAAAUACAAAGUUUACUAAAGGAUCUAUACGACUUUAAGAAACCGGAUGCUGUUAAAUUGAAUAGAAAAAAUGAUAUCAACAUAUUUGAGAAUUCAAAACCCGUUGAAGAUCUCUGUAAAAAAUAUGAGACACCGCUAUUUAUGUUGGGAUCAAGGAGUAAAAAAAGGCCAGAUAACUUAGUAGUAGGGAGAAUGUUUAAUUAUAAUUUAUUAGAUAUGAUUGAGUUAUAUGUAGAGUCUUAUGAAGGUUUAAAAGAAUUUGCUGCAUCUAAAAUCACUGUUGGUACUAAACCAUGUCUACUCUUCAAUGGUGCCUUGUGGGAGCAAAUGGAUGAAUUGAAGCAAUUGAAAUCAUUGUUUAUAGACUUUUUUCACAGAGAAUGUGUAGAAAAUAUCAGGCUACAAGGUAUAGAGCAUAGUAUAAGUUUCAAUGCUACGCCUGAUGGAAAAAUACUGUUAAGAUCUUACAAAAUUUUGCUAAAAAAGUCUGGUGAGAGAAUACCACGGGUGGAACUGGAAGAAAUUGGACCCAGAAUUGAUUUCUCUCUAAGACGAUCAAAAUUACCUGAUGAAGAUUUGAUGAAAGAAGCCUGCCGCAAACCCAAAGAGCUUAAAGUCACUAAAAAGAAAAAUAUCAGUACUGACAAUUUGGGUAACAAACAAGGUCGUAUACAUCUUGGUAAACAAGAAAUCAAAAACAUACAAACUAGGAAAAUGAAAGGUUUAAAGAAGACUGCAGCUGAAAGGAAAGCAGAAAAAGCAAAGAUACUUAGAGCUGUAAACUCACAAGAACAUCCAGUUGUAAAUGGUCAUAAUGAGAGAUAGUAUCUAAAAGUAAUGUUUAUUUUUAUGGGUCCUUUUCCAUUUUUAAAGUGAAUUCUACACUCCAUGAGGGUAUGAAUAAUACAAGUUAUUCCAGUUUGUACUUUACUCUUGCUAAAAUUUAUUAUUAUUAUGAAUAAAUUAUGAAAUGUAAAUAUAUUGUAUAAAGGUAGCACUCAAAAUGGAAUAAACUACUCUUAAUUCUUCAACUGUUUGAUAGUAAUACAUAAAAAGAGUAACUCUCGAAGUGGAAUCAUUUCAUUGUUUUGAUUAACUGCAUAAUUAAAUUUUGUCAUUCCAUCAAUUACAGUUUAAAAUUUCUACAAGAACAAAACCAAAAACUUAUUAAAAAUUCGCGCAGGCGCUACAUAGAAACACAUCAAAGCAAAAAAAUAUUUCAUAAUUUUUAUAUUCUUAAAGGAAUGAAGUGAGUCAAUUUCCUCUAGACUAUAAAUUUUUACUUUAUUACCCCGAAAUUAAAUUGUAGUAGUAAAAAUACAUUUUUUAUUGUCAAAGCAAUACUUAUAGGUGUAUAAUGUAUUGUUGUGUUUAUGCAUAUUACAUUAUUACCAUUUUUACAUCUGGUAAAGCUGCUAUUAGUUUUUUUUGACAGUCACUCAUAUUAUUAGAGUACAAUUAACUAAAUUUUUUCUAUAGUACUCGAAAUAAUUUAUACAUCACACGACUAAAGUGUUUUAAUCCUCCACAAAUUAUUGUCCUCCUGAUGGGAUUUUUUGUCUCAAUUAAAUGUAUCACUUUAGUCCCUAGGUGUACAAUGUAAAAUUUUUAACUAAAAACUUCACUUUUGGAUUAAUAUAUGUAGAUUGAUUUUUGCAUUAAGUAUACAAUGAUAUUCUAUGUGUUUCUAUCAAUAUAAAUUUUUUUAAAUUUUCUUUCCAACUGUGACCUUUGUCGUAAUUAAAAAAAAAUUGUAAUUGUAUAUAAUUGAAUUAUUUCAUUGUAAAUUUAUUUUUAGUUAUGUUGGGAUUUUACUUUAUUUUUGAAAAGACAUGUUUAAAUAUCUUAUUACAUUAAUUAGUCUCUUCUAUGAUGAAACCUCACUACAGGUGACAUAAACCUGUUGGAAGGAAGUUAAUUUGGUCAUAGCUUUUACAUUAAAGCUUAUCAGUUUCAGUUCGGGAUUUGGAGAAUGCCCUAUAGCAGUUGUUAAAUUCUACUACUGUAUGUUGACAGUACACUGCAAGUGAAGUAAUCCUGCUAUUAACUGCGAACAUAAGGUUCUAAUUAGGUCUAAGCUUUCGACAUAGUUUCUGUUACAGCUUAGCAGCUUCAGUUUGUGAUAAAAGCUUGAAUUGUAGAGGUGGUCAUAUCACACUAUAGAAGAUGGAAUUGCACUGAAAACAUACUGCUAGUGACAUAAUUCAAUUUGUGAUAAAAGUUUGCUUUGUAGUGGUGGUUGCAUCACACUACAGAAGCAAUUGCACUGAAACCAUACUGCAAGUAACAUAAUGCUGUUAUUAAUCGCAUUAAUUAAAUGGAAGUAACGGUGUACUGGUGGUUAUAUUAAACUACAAAAAAUGCAAUUAUGUUGAAACUACACUACAAGUGAUUUAUUAAUUGCAAAUGGAAAUAACUUUGGUUUGACAGAGCUGCCAUAAUUUUAUUGAAAAAUUUGUACACCCCCAUGCGGACACUUCUGUUAAAAAUUUUAUUAGAAGAAUUAGAUUUGAUUUUGUCAUUCUAACCUAAUUUAUUUUGAUCCAAAAGUUUUUUCAAUGAGGCUAACAGCCUUAGAAUAUGAAGCUCUUAUGUCAUUUUCCAAGUAUAUCUUAAAUUUUUGUGAUUGCCAAGGUCUCAGAGACCAUUUGACAAAGUACAAAAACUAACUAAAAGUUACAAAUAAUUCCAGUAGGAAUUCAAAUUUAGAUAAAUAAAUAACGGAUGCUAAGUAAUAUCAAUAUAUUCAAACUUUUUAUAAAUGUUUUUCUGAAUCGUCUUGAUUUUAGGUCUCUUCUGUUUUUUUUAUAAUUUUUAAAAGAUAAAAUUUGACUUUUCGGCUACUUUCAGUUUUUCAGUUGUAAAUGUACAGAAAAACAACAACAACAACUCGCUAUAUUAUAUAGUAUGUAUAAAAUAUGUAUAUAGAAAAAAAUAUGUUGAAACCUUAACCAAUUGCAGAUUUGCUUUCUCUAUACAUUAGACAUUUUAUUUUUUUUAUUACCUAUACCUAAGAAGAAUAAAGCAUUUUUAUUCAUUAUCAUUUUCUUUAUUUAUCAUACAUAAUUAUAUUAAACAGAAUUAAACAAAUUUCUAGGAAAUUGAAUGAACUUUUGGUGAAAACGGAAAAUUUAUUAUUAUAUAUCAUACCAUAUAUAUUAUAAACCGAAAUGAGGAUUCCCUAAAUGGCAGUCUUUCAUUAUAAAAGCACAAACUAUAACAAUCCUAAUUACUGACGGUAAAUUUUCUCAGAAAAGGCAAAAAACUCGUCCGAAAAUUUUCUUUAAUCAUUAUAUACAAUUUUUAAAUGUUUAUUAAAAUUUAAUGUAUUUUGAGUGUAAAAUUUCAAUAAAUAAUUAAAAAUAAAAAUUUCGGAUGAGACUUUUUUCGUUGUUUUUCUGCUUUUUCUGAAAAAACCAUGAUAGUAGUAAUAUUUUUUCAUACCAACAUAAAGUAGAGAUGUCAACGAAUAAAAACCUCACAGACUUAUUAAAAAAAGAUGAUAUUUUGACGGUUGAAUUUUCGUUUGAAAAUGUAUGUGCUUUUUCAUUAUUAAGUUAAAAUAACAUUGAAAAUAGAUAAAUUCCAAUGAAAUUUGAGACAUGAAAAGGUAGAUUUUCACCAAAUUUCGUGAAAAAUAUUUUAUUUAUAUAUGUAAUAUUUUUUUCAAAAGAUCAAAUUGUUUUUUUUUGAAUUUUUCACAUAGAUUUUGAGAUUAUGUGAAAAAAGUGUGAAUACAAGGAUUGUAGAUUUUUUUAACCCAUAACUUUGCCAUUUAACUAGAUAUAAAUCGUUUUUUACCCUUAAAAACUCCUUUUUCAAUGGAUUUCACCUUAUUAUUCUUUUCUUUCAUUUCCAAAACUAUCGACCCUGGUCUAUUUGGAAUUAUGUGAAAUUUAAUUCGUCAAGAAUAAUUUGAAAACCUUUUUACUAUCGGCUCACAUUAAUGUUCAUGACAGAAGAUUUUGAUAGAACUCAAUUUUAUAAAGAAAUGUUGAAUAAUAAUAUCCAAUCCUAUUCUAAUAUUUUCUCUGCUUUAUGUGUCAUGAUAAUCAUUACUAAUGAGAAAAUUAAUAUUUCGAUUUUUGGAAACUGUAUCAUUGAAAUUUUUUUAAUUGAAGAUAAUUAGAAUGUCGAUAAUCAUAACGUGUUCCCGGAAUAAUUUUUUUAUGAAAACGAUAUUUUUCCGUUCAAAAUGACCACACAGGAAAAUAUUUCCUUCGAUAUUCAAAUUGUUACCCAAACAGAAUAUUUUUCCUGUUAUCCCAAAUAUUUUUGUAGUUCCAAACAGCCUACUUUUCGAGAGUUAACCUCAAAUACUUGUAUAAGUUAAUUUUAUUGCUAGUAAAUUAUUCAUUAUGGAUGUAAAAUUCACUAUCUAACUGGAAUGAUCAUCUGUGCAAAUAUUUUAUAAUUAUUCUGAAAUAGAGGUAGGCUAAGUUUGUAAAUAGUUUAUUUACUAAUACUGGUUAAAUAAAAAAUUUUUCAAAACACAA